AUGUUUCUUCGAUCGGGUAUAUCAAGAACCUUUGUUUCUUUGAACAGUUCUGUUGUUUUUAAGGGACGAUAUCUAGGGAGAAAUGCUGGAUUCAAUAAUAUAUAUACUCGUACCUCAAUUAACCUUCAAUCACCUAGAAGAAAUUAUUAUGUUUUUGAUAUGGUUUCGCAAGGAUUAUUAGCCUUACAUCAAGCUACAGCUCUUCCAUGGCUACUGCUAAUACCAGGUGUCACCAUUGUAUUAAGGUCAAUUGUUACAUUACCAUUGAGUGUAUGGCAACGUAAAAGAAUAGUUCAGCAGCAUGAACUGCGAAGGAUUGUUAAAGGUAUAACACCAAUAUCUAAGCUAAGGCUUGCAUCUGUGGCAUCAACUCAGGCUAAUCAGCCUCCAGAAAUAAGCUCAGCUGUUCCGAAUCUUUUACCUGAACAGAUUACAUUAUUAGCUUUAAAAGAAACAAGAAAGAAACAAAAGAAAUUAUUCAAAGAAUACCAUGUUGAGACAUGGAAGAACUUUGUAUUACCACUAGUCCAAAUUCCUUUAUGGGUUAGUGUCUCUAUGGGAAUCAGAUCACUAGUUAACAGUGGGCAACCGAUUACUGAUAUAUAUCAAAAUGAUAUCUUACAAUCUAUUACUGCUAUUACAAAUUCUACACUAGAUCUAGGGAUACCGUUAGUUGGAGUGCCUAUGGUAAUUCCUUUAUUUUUAGGUGUCUUGUCGAUUUUAAAUGUUGAGUAUAAUGGACGAUUAAUGAUAGCAAGACGCAAAACAGUUGGUGAUAUUCCAGUAGCAACACGACCAGAACAAUCCAGAUUAUUCAUUGCAAUGUCAUCUAUUCUAAAUGUUUCAAAACUGGGCUGUAUAUUUAUGAUGGGCGUUUCAUCACAAGCACCCUUAAUUUUAUCUUUAUACUGGAUUACUUCACAAUUAUUUUCUCUUAUCCAGAACAUUAUCUUGGAAAAGCUUUGGAAAUAUGAAGUGUAG